GCGUCCAGUGCCCGCCGCUGCUGGGGCCGGGAGGGCUCCGUCCCGCUUGAGGAGGGCUAGGCACGGGCUGAAACUGCAGGUCCGGGUUCCCUUCUUCAGGGAUGAGUGUGAGAGCCACCUUGUGUUUUCUGUCACUGCUGGGUGAGAUUGUGCAAAUGUGAGGACCAAGAAGCCAACACAAUGCACAAAAAGGGAGGGCAGUGGAAAGGCAUUGAGGACAGAGAAUCCACCUCAUCUCCUCUGAACACAGGGCCACUAGGUUUGGGUCUUCUUCCCAACAGCCCUAGGGAUGUGCAGUAUGUGCAGAAAAAGGAAGUGCCAGACCAUAGAGUUAUAGGUGCUCUCAGAGACACUAUCCUCUUGAAAAUCUUGUCCAGCUGAGCAGUGACCUCUGUGGUGUCUUGAAAGCAGGGACAGAUCACGACGGUUGUCUUGGGAGAACAGGCUCGGACGGGAGCGAGACUGCCCAGGAUGUCCAGCUGCCUGCCAAAGCUGACCACGGUGCUGCUGAGCCACAGGCUCGGGGCUCUGUUUAUCCUCACAAUUUCGUUUGUGUUCUUUGCCUCUGUGAUGUUCUACUGGAGAACUGGGGAGGAUGCUGAGGGCCAGCUCUACAGCUUGCCUGCUGAAAUCCGCUGUGCUCACUCUGUGCCUUCUCCUCCCCAUCCCGCUGUCAGUGGGCCCCCUCCUUCCCCAAGGGAUGUGUUUUUUGUGGAGACCUCGGAGCGAACUAACCCCAGUUACCUGUUCAUGUGCUCCGUGGAGUCAGCGGCCCGGACGCACCCUGAGACAAGGGUCGUGGUGCUCAUGAAAGGUUUGGCAAAUGGCAACGCCUCGUUACCCAACAACUGGGCGUUCUCAUUGCUGAGCUGCUUCCCCAACGUGGAAGUCCGGCCCCUGGACUUGACAGAGCUUUUCUCUGGCACACCUCUGGCAAACUGGUACUUGCAGGCUCAGCAGCGCUGGGAGCCUUAUUUCUUACCCGUCCUGUCUGACGCCUGCAGAAUUACCAUCAUGUGGAAAUUUGGUGGCAUCUACCUGGACACAGACUUCAUUGUGCUUAAGAACUUAAAGAACCUCACCAAUGUGCUUGGUAUGCAGUCUCAGGAUGUACUGAACGGAGCUUUUCUGUCCUUUGAACCCAAGCAUGAGUUCAUGCAGCUUUGCAUGCAGGACUUUGUGGAUAACUACAACGGCUGGAUCUGGGCGCACCAGGGCCCAGAGCUCCUAACACGUGUCUUCAAGAAGUGGUGCCCCACCAGUAAAAUCCAGAAUCCUAUGAGCUGCAAAGGCAUGAAUGUUCUUUCCACAGAAGCCUUUUAUCCUAUUCCCUGGGAGGACUGGAGGAAGUUAUUUAAAGCAAUCGGCUCCUCAGAGCUUCACGAGCUCCUUAAGAACACCUACGCGGUGCACGUAUGGAACAAACUGAGCCAUGGGACAAAGCUAGAUAUAACGUCCCAGGCUUUCCUGGCUCAGCUGUAUUCUCAGUUCUGCCCUGCCACAUAUACGAAGAUGAAGAAGGACUCCGAAGAGCAGUCAAGGCCUGCAAUGUGACCUGUGGGCCCUUGGCUGCAGGGAAGUUCCAUACCCUGAAGGAAACUGAGUGCCUUUCACCUUCCCCAGAGUUGGUUUCUAGCCCAUGAAGCAGGUAUUCUGUGUGACAGCUCAGUGAUUUUGUACCAUUUCUGAUAUCUGCCUCAGACCCUACAUGCUUCAAAUAUACACCAGAACCUGAGUUCAGACUCUUGUUGUUCUUCAGUAGCCCUUGAUGCUGCAGGGAAGGGUGAACUUGUUCAUCGCUGCCUAUCAGUUGCUCCCCUGUUGCUGUUCUCUCAAUUGCUUCACCUGUGUAUCAGGCCUGAAAAGCCUCUCGUGUAGUCUCAACAGCUGUAGGAACCCUUGCCUUGCUCUCUGUAAUGUUUCUAAGUAUGUAAAUAAAUGCCAGCCGGUACUAUAGUACACAGCUUACUGGAGCUUAGGACCAAAUUCCCUGGGUGGUAAAGAUUCUUACAGCUGGUAAAGUAUAUGGGGAGUAUAAGAAAAUUGCUUUCAGAAGUGGAAAACAUGUCAAAUCUCUGCAUGGCUCAGUGUAAAGUUUAUCUUGGUUUCCAAAGGUACUUUAUUUCAAAUGAUCUUUUCUACUGUUUUACAUUCCGCAGCAAUAGGCUGACUUUUCUGGCCUUCUUCAGGAAAACAAAUAGACAAAAGCUGUUCUUUUACCAGUGUGAGUAAAGAUCCUUGCUUUGUUGAAGAAAUUCUUGUGGCAUGUGAGUAUCUAACCAGUCCUUGUCACACUCUCAGAAGGUCUCAGCAUCUGCCCGUUUCUGCAUUGGUAUGAGAAGGAAGAGCAUUAUGUUCCUUUCAUUGGAGUACUGAACACAUUGUGGAAGAAGGACCAGUGACCAUGUCCAGGACUAGGACCAGUGUCCCCAGUGACAUCUUAUUAUUGUCACUGGGGAUCUAGUCAGUGGAUUAUGUGGGGUCAUUCAUCUAACCCUACUGCAGAUUACACAAGCAGAUAAGUGAUUGCAGGCAUCACUGCCUGUAAUGGGAACACAGGUGCCCAUACCACAGACUUUUAAAGUUAGGUGAGAUAAAGCUGACUGUGACUUCUU